AAACGUAAGAGGCCCCCCACAGUCAUUGCCCAUCAUCAUAGACAGCGACUACACCCCAGAAAAAAGAGGAAAAAAAGAAAAGAAAAAGAGAAGGCCAGAACCCUAAAGACACCGGAUUUUCUUUCCUCCCUUCCCCAACCCAGAAGCUAGGAAUCGAACGAGGUUUACUGCUAGUAGUGAUAGUAUCUAGGGACAAUUACAGAUACGACUACUAGAUAAGUUCUAGGACUGUAAACUGCUGGUAGUAUUUUUUUUUUUUUUGUUUUGGGGUCUUUUUUCAAUGAAAUGGGAGAUGGAAGUGGAAGAGAUCGAAGCGGUGCUAGAGAAAAUCUGGGACUUGCACGACAAGCUCAGCGACGCCAUUCACUCUAUUUCCCGAGCCCACUUCCUCAGUUCCAUCAGGUCCCACAACCGCAAAUCUAACGACGACGCAGCCUCCUUCCAAUUCCACCCCAGAAAGAAAACCACUCCUGAUGCUUCUUCUGCUAACGGAGAUCAUAACUCUGACAAUAAUCGAACCACUGGAUUCGUUUACAUUAAGGAUUAUAAUCUUGGGAUGGGGGUCGAUGCUGAUGACGCCGCGGCGCUUCAGGAAGCCAAAAGCCUAAAUGCUAUCCGCACCGCCCUUGAGAACCUUGAGGACCAGCUCGAGUUUUUCCACACUGUACAAGCACACCAACGGGCAGAGAGAGAUGCUGCCCUUGCUCGCUUAGAGCAAAGCCGCGUUGUUCUUGCAAUGAGAUUGGCUGAACACCAGGGCAAGAAGUAUAAAGUCAUUGAGGAGGCACGAGCUCUGGUGGGAGAUGUCUGCAAUGCUAGCUGCUUUGUUUCACCUGAAAAUACACCAGUGGCAUCUCCCACUGGUGAGAAAUUUGCAUCACCGAAAGGGGAUAGGUCGAACGCAUUCGUCAAGGUCUUUCUGUCUGGUUUUAGGUUUGUUAAAAAAUCUCUAAAGCUGGAUCAGGUGGGUGGGAUUCUAGGAAAUGCAGCUCUGGUGGCAAUGAGCAUGCUUGCAUUAAUGCAUCUGCAUCAAGUGGGCCUCAAGGACAAAUACAUUAUGGAGUUCCCACAAAGGCAGGAAGAUCUGUACAACAGAAACAUGACCAAAGUUUCUCGACAAGAGGGUUCCCGUAGUGGUCGUUCAACCCAAUUGGAUGUAUUGUUGGCGAGGGGCUAAAUGAAUGGCGGGGGGGUUGGACUUAGUUGAUAAUUGUGAAUCUUUUAGGCGUGCACAUGUGUAACACGGAAAUAUAAUAGAUGUUACGGGAGAGUCAGUAGGAUAUAUCUUGCGCUUGGUUUGGUUAGCAGUCCAAAAUGUCGCGGCUCCAGCUUUUUUUUAAUUUUUGCCUGCUGAAUUUUGGUCGUUGCGUUCCUUCUAAAUUGUCCAUUGAUUGUAUACGGUAUAGCUUUGCGUUCCUAAAUAUGUCUGUGAUAUAAAUACUAUAUCCCUGAAGGUUUUAAUGGUUGGAUGCUAUAUGUAUUUAUGUUGGCGACUGAGAGUGCGCUCCUGGAGACUGUCUUUGUGAUGAUAUUUGCCUCGAUUAACCAAUUACUUCUA